GGCAUGGAAAGUUCAUUACGCUUACAAGACGGUACUAGUCCAUACGAUGGCCGAUUAGAAAUUUUUCAUAAUCGCCAAUGGGGAGGAGUUUGUGAUGAUAAUUUUUCCAUGGUGGAAGCAAAUGUAGCUUGUAAUCAACUUGGUUACGGAAAAGCGUUGUCAUAUUUCUGUUGUUCAAACGUAAUAACGAAAUCUCAACGAAGAUAUCGCCAAAUUAAUUUUUAUGGGGUGUAUUGGUUAGAUAACGUUAAAUGUAGUAGCAAAGUCAAAAAAUUAUCGGAUUGUCAUCAUGCUGGUUGGGGAAUGAAUAACUGUGGAGUAACGGAGGCAGUUUCAAUACAAUGUGAAGAAUUUGAAAAUUCAUUGCGGCUGGUAUCUGGUCCGGAUAAAUACUCAGGAAGAUUACAAAUUUAUCAUAAAAAAGUUUGGGGGGCAAUUUGUGACGACAAAUUUUCUCUAAUAGCUGCUAGUGUUGCCUGCAGACAACUUGGAUACGACGGCGCAAGUUCUUUUAAAUGUUGUUCGUAUAUGUAUGGUGCUGACGGUUGGCAUUUAAACAAUUUUGGAUUCUAUUGGUUAGACGAUCUUGAUUGCAUUGGUAAUGAAACUGAACUUGCAUCGUGUAAUCAUGCUAGUUGGGGGCAAACGAAUUGUCGCUAUAAUGAAGCUGUAUCUAUUAAGUGUUACGUAAAUGGUGCACUGAGAUUAAUAAAUGAUAACAGCACUCAGACGACUAGCGGUAUUGUACAGAUUUACCAAAAUGGAACAUGGGGUACUGUUUGCAGUAGAUAUUCAUUUAGUCGAUCUGCAGCAAAUAUUCUUUGCAAACAGCUUGGAUAUAAAACCGCAUUUUCUUAUGACUGCUGUUCUAAGUAUGCUCAUAUAACCGGGAAAAUUUGGAUAGGUGAAAUAAAUUGCUAUGGAAAUGAAACCAGUAUAAACGAUUGUCCUCAGCUCAGCUUUAAUUCUAAGUCGUGUAUGCAUCAAUCAGACGUUGGUUUGCAUUGCAGCGAAGGAGAAGUACGUUUAAUUUAUCAGAGGGAAAAUCGUACAGGUCAAUUGGAGAUAUUUCAUAAAAGCAGUUGGCAUACAGUCUGUGGCUACCGUUUUAAUAUGAACGCCGCAAAUGUUGCAUGUCGGCAACUAGGUUUUCUUAAAGCGGAAAAGAUUAACUGUUGUUCGAGAGAUACGGAGCACAAAGAGGUAUUUUUGAACGAAUUUGUAUGUCUAGGCGACGAAAAAAGUUUACUCGAUUGCAAACAAAGGUAUCAGAGAAUGUGUACCUACCGAGGAGAUAUUAUCAUGUCGCUUACCUGUUCGAACGGCCAAUCCUAUUAUGGCGAUAUUAGGUUAACCUACUCAACUUUUGGUCGUGUAGAAAUUUAUUCUGGGGGCUCAUGGAAUUCUAUAUGCAUUCAAGGCUUUUCGUCAGGAAGUGCAUUGGUAAUCUGUAGGCAAUUAGGUUUUAAAUCCUAUAAAAGUUAUCACGUCAGUUAUAAAAGCUACGCAGAUGCUACAGGUGGAAUUUUGAUGGACAGCCUAAACUGUACCGGUCAUGAGCAAACAAUUUUAAAAUGCCCGUAUAAUAUCUAUACGAAAUGCAAUCAUAAUCAAGAUGUUGCUGUUGAAUGUACAGCUCUUGAAAACGCACUUCGAUUGGUCCGUGGAAGUAACAACCGCACUGGUCGCCUUGAAAUAUUUCACAACAAGCGUUGGGGAGCUAUUUGCGAUGAUGGAUUUAAUGAUAUAAAUGCCCAUGUAGCUUGUAAACAACUUGGCUUUGUCUCAUUUGAGUGGUAUCAUUGUUGUUCAGUUUAUGGAAUAGAUGAAUUUUUAUGGAUGGAAAAUAUAACAUGUUAUGGAAAUGAAUCUAUGCUCGCAAAUUGCUCUCAUUCUCCAUGGGGUAGUCAUGAUUGUUCAGGCUAUGAGACUAUGUCUCUUAAAUGU